AUGCCUCUGUCGGCCGGCAGAUGUCUGCCAGCAGGUGUCCUGUUGUGCUGGUGGUCUCUGGUUUUCGCAGUCUUGAACCAAUUUGCAGAGGAUGUCGAUUCCCAAGCUUUGCUGGCGAUCCAUCCGCCGAGUGAUGCCGGCCUUGACGACCACAACGCUCGGCUGCUGCGCUGCGCCAAGGCUCCGCCUGGCGAUGAGCUCUGCUUCGACACCCCAGCGCCGCCGGAAUUCUCGGUAAGGUUCCAGCUGCACGAUGGACGCAGCUUUCGGGUGAAAAGCUACAGCCACUGGGCGCCGGUCUUUGUCCAACGAUUCUGGCAGCUCUCCAAGCUUAGCUGGUGGCGGGAUGUUGCCAUCUACCGGAAUGUCUAUGUCAACGAGACCCUGCGGUUUGUGAGCCAGUUUGGUUUAGUGGGCACUCCCUCUGUGAACAAUGCUUGGGUGAAAUGGAAGACAAGCAAUCAGACCUCACCCGCACUGAAGUCGAACACUCGGGGCCGCGUCAGCUUCUCCAUGGAUGCCGUCAUCUGCAAAGAGGGAGAGCCGGAGGACCCUUGCAAGGCCCUCCGUCCAAACUGCACGGCCUCAGACUACUGUGCCCUGGGCUUUUUCACGGAGAUCUACGUGAACUUUGCAGACAACCCGAGGUUAGAUCCACACGGCUUCGCACCCAUCGGGGAGGUUGAGGAGGGCAUGGAGGUUCUGGAUGACCUGGCGCAAACUCUGGGCAAUCGCUACGGCGAGGUUCAAGACCUGUGUCCGCCUACGCCACCUAAGCAAGUUCCCUUGCGUCGUCGGCUUGGGUACUGCACACAUGCCGUGCAGCGCCGGGAUCGUUCUCAGACGUACUGCGUCUACCGCAAUGGGAAAUGUGCGGGUGUGAAUGAGACGAAAUUUCAUCAAGAAGGCAAUGUCUACAUCAAGGACGACUUCCCGCAGAUGUUCCGAUUAAGGAUCAAGGAUGCCCAGGUGGAAAGUUUCACCACAGUUGCCGCGUAA